CCCCGAAGCUCGUGUCCGGAGCAGAAGGAGAGUGUGGUGUAGGGCCUAGCCCUUCUUUUUUGAUUUUCAUCUCAUUGGCUAUUGUGUAAAAUGGGCACAUAAUAGGUACCUACUAAAAAAGAAAAUCGUGCUCAAAUAUUACGCAGUAAACAUUACGCUGUUUGGAGCAGAUAAAGUAAGUAAAUUGUGUCAAUCAUGGCCAAUCCAAAUCGGGAAAGUGUUAGCACUCGUUUUUCUGAUAAUUAUGAUCUAAAAGAGGAAUUAGGAAAAGGAGCGUUUUCAAUAGUGAGACGAGCAGUUCAAAAAUCGACUGGAUAUGAAUUUGCGGCCAAAAUUAUUAACACUAAAAAACUCUCGGCUAGAGACUUUCAAAAAUUAGAAAGAGAGGCGAGAAUUUGUCGAAAAUUACAACACCCUAACAUUGUAAGACUACAUGAUUCCAUUCAAGAGGAACAUUUUCAUUAUCUCGUGUUUGAUCUUGUAACGGGCGGUGAAUUGUUUGAAGACAUUGUGGCACGUGAGUUCUACUCUGAAGCCGAUGCCUCGCACUGUAUACAACAAAUUCUAGAAUCUGUACACCAUUGCCAUCAUAAUGGAGUUGUGCACAGAGACUUAAAACCCGAAAAUUUGUUGUUGGCCAGUAAAGCCAAAGGAGCCGCUGUAAAAUUGGCAGAUUUCGGUUUAGCCAUAGAAGUCCAAGGUGAUCAGCAAGCAUGGUUUGGAUUUGCUGGAACUCCGGGUUAUCUUUCACCAGAAGUUCUAAAGAAGGAACCUUACGGCAAGCCAGUGGAUAUUUGGGCGUGUGGUGUGAUCUUAUACAUUUUGCUUGUUGGCUAUCCACCAUUCUGGGAUGAAGACCAACAUCGAUUAUAUGGGCAAAUUAAGGCUGGAGCCUACGAUUAUCCGUCACCCGAAUGGGAUACUGUAACACCUGAAGCUAAAAGCCUCAUUAAUCAAAUGUUGACUGUUAAUCCAAGUAAGAGAAUUACAGCUUCUGAAGCUUUAAAGCAUCCAUGGAUUUGCCAUCGCGAACGUGUUGCUUCUGUAAUGCAUAGACAAGAAACUGUAGAUUGUUUGAAGAAAUUCAAUGCACGUCGCAAAUUAAAGGGUGCGAUUUUAACUACUAUGUUAGCCACUCGUAAUUUCUCCGGAAAGUCCAUGGUAAACAAGAAAGGUGAUGGAUCUCAGGUAAAAGAAUCGACUGAUAGUAGUACUACUCUGGAAGACGACGAUUUGGAUAAGGAUAAAAAGGGUGUUGACAGAGCUUGCACUGUAAUUUCUAAAGAACAUGAUGAAGAGGCAUUAUCAAAAGCUGAUUCAUUUGGUAAAGCUCGUGGCGAUAGCAAUGCUUCUUUGCGUCGUGCUGAAGUGAUAAAAAUCACUGAAGUACUUAUAGAUGCUAUAAACAAUGGCGACUACGAUACAUAUUCCAAAUUAUGUGAUCCCAAUGUGACUGCGUUUGACCCUGAUGCACUAGGCAAUCUCGUGGAGGGAGUAGAAUUUCAUAAAUUCUUCAUUGAUAACACUCCGACCCACGUUAAAACUAAUACGACUAUUUUAAAUCCUAGAGUACAUCUUCUUGGGGAUGACGUCGCUGUUAUAGCAUAUGUCUGCGUGACACAAAGUGUGGAUGCCGAAGGAAGACGUGCCACACAUCAGUCACAAGAGACUCGCAUAUGGCACAAACGCCACAACAAGUGGACAGCAAUACAUUUUCAUCGCUCCUAACUAGUCCCUUCUUACCAAUCCCUGGCGCCAAAGGAAAAUGGUCUCUUAAAAAAACUUAUAUGUAAUGGUGAUGCGAUAGCCACAAUUGUAACUCUUCAAAGUAUCGAUUAAAAGAGACCGUCAAACAUCCUUAGGAAGCUAUUGAUAUAAAAAUUAUCCAAAUCUGCUAUGAAAAUUACACGAAUUUUAUUAGAACUUCUUUGUAAUCCCAAGGAAUUAAGUUACUUUCGUAUAGAUAAAUGUUAUGUAAAUCAAUAUAAGUAAUUUACUCCUUAUCUGCAGUCAGCCUUGAAGAAAUCCUGCAAAAUUCUGAUGUGGCUAAAAUGUGAUACCGACAAACAAUCCAACGCUUUGUGCUAGUUAUAGUAAAUGUACACACUCCUGAUCUCGGCCACAAUCGAAGAUUGUCAACGAAUAACGUGGCAAAAUUGAGCUCACAAACUUCAAGAAAUCUCAAAGUACCAAUAGAUCUGAUACUAAUGAAUCUACAUUAUAAAUGUAUAACAGCAAAAAAAAACAAGGUUUAGAAUUAUUAGCACAUUUCUCAAUAAGUCUCUCUACAUUUUUAACUAUGAAUGUUUUGUCGUGCUUAAAAAUGGUGUUCUAUUUGUUAUCAAAUACCUAGCUAGUAAGAUUUAAGUAACUAAUGAAUCAUGCAGUUAUUGGCACUACAUGCAUCGUACCAGUGAGAAAUUUCUAGUAGAUUAUUAAAAAUACAAUUUUUAUUAUUAUCUACUUUAGAAUUUAUAAUUGAGUUGGAAUUUUUUUCAACUAUUAUAAUAAUAUAUAUAGCUAGUGUGCAAAUUCAUUAUAACUUUUACAUUUUAAGUGGAUUAUAUCAAUUUCGUCAAUUUUAGAUUUUAAUGUUGUUACUAUUAUCCGCUUAUUGCUUCUAUAAACUAAAUACCAAGGGCCUCUAUAUCAUGUCUACAAAAUAAACUCAUCCAUGUUUAUUCAACAGAAUAAUAUAAUUGCACUUAAUACCUACGGGACUACCCAUUAUUAAUUGAAACAGUGACCAGCGUAUUACAAGAAAAAGCCCUUUGCCUUUGGUACGACGUAAUUUCUUCCUUUUUCUGCUAAAUUCAUUUGCGAAAUUGAUUUUAAUUGUACCUGAAUAUCAAAAAUAUUAUAUUUGAUAACUAAUAAAAAUUUAAAGUGUUAACUGUGCAAGAGAUGGUUUGUUGGUUUGUGGAUUCAUUCAGAAGAGCUUUUCCAAGUGAUAUUUAAUGUGUAAUUUAAGGUGUUUUUUGCACAGUUUCACUUAAGAUAAUGUGCUUUAACUAUUGAAUCUAUAACUGUAAGUCUGCAGUAAAUUCAGUAUUUCUUAGAAAUAUAAUUAGAUAUAAACAAUGUUUAAUCAUGUUUUUUACAAUUUUGUAAAAUAAUUUAGUAUAGUUAGCAAAACUUACUUUGUAACAUCAAUGGAGCUAGAAUUGUAAUAAAAUAAAAUACAUCACAUAUGUAAAAUAUUACAUAAAAUUCGUAAUCAAUCAUGGUGAAAUUUUUACCAUACCCAUAGUACAUAGUCGUGCCAUUAUUAUUAAAUUUAGUGCCAAUAACUGUAACAACUAAAAUGUAUUCUAGUCUUUAUUGUUACGCAUAUUUAGUAUUUAAUCAACGUUUUAAAUUAAUUUUGAACAUAUUAUACAUACCUAAAUAGUAUCUUACAUUGUGUAAAUAGAUAUUGAUUUGCACAUUGCAUGUUAAAAGUAUCGUCUAAUUUACAAUAUUAAUUAUAAGUAUUUUUUUUUAAUAGAUAUAUUUUACAUUUUAUGAACAUUCGUUAUCUAGUUCACUUUGAAUUUAUAUAUUUAUUGAUGUCGAAUUUAGUUUUGUUAUUUGCUCUCCAAUGAUGUUUAAAUAAUAUAUCUAGUUACCUAUUUACCAAUCUGAAAAAUAUCACAGAUAACAUUUAUUCUAAAUAAUUAUACUAUUUAAUAUUUUCUGUGGAGGUACCUAAUAGCGUCAUAUUAUGUAGUACCUAAUAGCGUAAAUUUAUAAAUCCAGUAUUUUAGAAAUAGGCCUCCCUACAAAAUUGUAAAUCUGAAAAAUCUAUCACUGUGCAGAAUCAUAAAGAUUCUAAUGUUAUGCGGACAACGUAACUUAUUCAGUGUCAAUAAUUUCAAGGUUGAUACUGUUAAGUAUAGUCACAUGUACGAAUAUGUGUAAACACUUCAGAAUUUUGUCAUAGUCGCAUUGUUGACAAUUUCACAUAUUUGCAAAAACUUGCAAUAUAACUUUGUUUGUUGUUUUGUGUGAAAUUAUUGUGAUAAAGUUCUGAAGAGUUAACGUGUUAGUGCAGGCGACUGUACAUAAUAUAUACUUAAUUUAUUAAGAUUGAAUUGGCCGGUACUUAAUUUUAUUAAUGUUGCUAAGUAAGUUGUAAGGAAAUAAGUAUUUGUGCUAUGAUGAUUAUUAUUUACUAUCAGAAAAAACGAUUGGUAUAGUUUAGUUACGUUUUUACCUGUUACAUAUAAGGAAUACGUAGUAAACUAUAACAUGUCCCGCAGUAUUACAUCAAGCACAAAAUAGGUCGGUACUUUUAUCUUGUAUUAAAUUAACACAAGGAGUAAAAUUUCAUGGAAAACGUAACAUUAAAUAUUAGAUCCAUUGCUAUAUCACAAAAUAAAUACCUACCUAUUAAUAAAAAACUCUACCUACCUAAUAUCUCAUAUAUGCCUCAGUCGGAAACCUAUAUUUUAAAAAAUAUUAAAUAUUAGAUGCUGCAAUUACCGAUUCUGUACGGAACAAAGUAUUAUACAAACAUACUAUACAUAUACACCUAUAGAUAUA